AUGUCAUUACGUCUCAUUCCAGAAAAAGGAAGUCACUCGUCGGUAUCAACAACUACCUUCGGAGAUGUCUCAGAGAACACGCCCGCAUUGCAAGAUACAUUAAGAGCACAGGAAGGUCCUUUGAAUAUAGCCUCCAAAUUAAACAAUCGCCAUCCUUUGGAGUCUAGAAUACAGAAUUGGGAGAAGACUCAGCAAGAUACAAGAAUGGAGACAUACAGGCGUGUGUUUGGCGCUGGUGAGCCAAUUCGCAGAACGAUGGAGUUGAACAUUGUUGAAGCAACUGAUUUUAAACCCCUGGUGCUUGGUGGUUCUGACACUUUACACCGUGACAUACUAUUGAAUAGAGAAACAACGGUAGAUUGGGAGGAUAUCUACAAGGGUGGCUUCGAGGCUGGUGCCAAUGUGCCAGAUUUUCACACCGAGAUGGAGAAGAAGCUUGGUAUGUAA